AUGAGGAACCUCGAGUUUGAUUACUCUCUCAUUCUUCUUCUGUUCAUAAUUCAUUCAUCCUGCUCUACAUCCACAAAUACUCCUCCUGAUAGUUACUUCAUUGCUUGCGGUUCUUCGAAUGACAUUACUCAUCUUCAUCGUACCUUUGUUGCUGAUUCUCAGCAACCCUCUGUUACCUUUGAUUCUGAACAUUCUGAUAUUGUUAAUUCUUCUAGAACUUUCUCCCCGAUUUACCAAUCUGCUAGAACCUUCACAACCUUAGCUUCUUACAACUUCGAUAUCGCCCACAAAGGCUGGCAUUUCAUCCGACUCUACUUUCAUCCUCUUUCCAAAAUAUUAGCUUCAGUCUCGUUCAGUGUUGUCACUGGAAGCUAUGUCCUCCUUGAUCACUUUAGCUUUAACACUUCCAAACACAAUAGUGCUUACAUGUUCAAGGAGUUCGUGAUUGAUGUCAAUACUGAUAUUUUAACCCUAACUUUUGUCCCUUCUAGAGAGUCCGAUGUUGCAUUUGUGAAUGCCAUUGAGGUUGUUCCUGUCCCAGAUAAGAUAUUCUCUUUUGAUCAGACCUUAUAUAUUCCAAAAUUGAAAGAUGCUGCUCUUGAAACCAUGUAUCGCUUGAACAUGGGAGGCCACUCUGUAGUCCCUUCACAAAACAGCACUCUUUUCAGAGUUUGGGAAGAAGACGAUAAGUAUCUUCAGCCUAACCCUUUAGCCUCAAAUAUGUCGGUGAACCCAUUCUCCAUAAAGUCUUCAUCCAACGACUUCGGGUCUUCCGAGGUAGCACCUGCAGAUGUUUAUGCCACCGCAAAAGCCUUGACAAAUAUUUCGAGCAAGUCCAAUUUGACAUGGGUCUUUCCAGUCAAUCCAAAGUUCAAAUACAUUCUGAGGAUGCAUUUCUGCGAUAUAAUUAGCAAGUCCAGGAACAGCUUGUUUUUCAAUGUGUACGUAAACUCUGAGGUUCUGAUGAAAAAUCUGAGUCUAUCAGCCUUCACCUAUGAUGUUGGUGUUCCAUACGUCAUCGACUAUGUCAACAAUAAUAUUUCUGAAGAAGCUUCAGACAAAUUGAGCGUGACUGUGGAAACUGGUGGCCCUGAGCAGGGCUUAAUGCUAUCUCGAACGGGCUAG